GACGAUUUUCACCGAAACAGCACUGUCCCAACCGGGUGUUUGUGGUUUCCAACAGAGGCUCGGACUGCAGCGAAUGUGCGUGUCGGAAGGAUUGCGAAUGCUGCACUAUGACAGAUAGUGCGUUCCAUGAGUCUGGCCAUAUCUGCAGUCAUUUCUAACCAGUUUAUUCGCAGGAAUCGGAGGGAAAUCGUGGGAUUUGCGCGUUGACAGCUGGACCGCCCUGCACCUCCAUCGGAAGCGAACAUCCAGGUCUUCGUUUCCCUUUAAGAUUUUGUCCAGUUGUCAAUCAAUGUCUAGAGGCUCAUGGCUGAGGCUGCCCUGCGGCUGAUUCUCACCAUGCUUUCCACCAAACGCUCUGGAGGUGCGUGGGGAUGAAAUGGACAGAGCCCAUGGCCAGACCUGCACACCAGCUCCCACCUCCCAGCAUGUCCAGCUGCAACAAGUCUCCCCCCAACUCUGGAGAAGGUUCUAACUCCAUGUCAUGGGUGAAGAUGUUCAAAAAACCUGGAGGAGGCUUGAAGAAAUCCUACCAGCCCGGCAGCAUGCUGUCUCUUGCUCUAACCAAAGGCCUGCUGAAUGAGCCCGGGCAAAACAGCUGUUUCCUCAACAGCGCUGUUCAGGUGCUAUGGCAGCUGGAUAUUUUCAGGAGAAGUUUGAGGCAGCUCUCGGGUCAUUUUUGUCUUGGCGAUGCCUGCAUUUUCUGUGCAUUAAAGAGUAUAUUCAGCCAGUUUCAGCAGAGCAGGGAGCGUGUUCUCCCCUCCGACAGCCUGCGUAACGCCUUAGCUGAAACUUUUAAAGAUGAGCAACGCUUCCAACUUGGCCUGAUGGACGAUGCUGCUGAGUGCUUCGAGAACAUCCUGGAGCGCAUUCAUUUACACAUCGCUUCAGACACAGCCACAGAUGCGUGCUCGUCCAAAUCCUGCAUUACCCAUCAGAAGUUUGCAAUGAUGCUCUAUGAGCAGUUUGUGUGUCGAUGUUGUGGUGCAUCUUCUGACCCACACCCUUUCACAGAGUUUGUUCAUUAUGUUUCAACCACCGCGUUAUGCCAACAGGUUGAUCGUAUGUUGGGGAAGAAUGAGCGGCUGAGGUCAGACAUGUUUGGAGAAUUGCUGCAGGCAGCAAACAACACAGGUGACCUCCGAAGCUGCCCGAGUGACUGCGGUCAGAGUAUCAAGAUCCGCCGUGUGCUCAUGAACUGUCCAGAGAUCGUCACUAUUGGAUUUGUUUGGGAUGCUGAGCAGUCUGAUCUUACAGACGAUGUCAUUAAGUCUCUCGGUCCACGCUUGAACCUAUGUGGGCUGUUUAACCGUGUGACGGAUGAAAAUGCCAAACGGAGUGAACUGCAUCUGGUGGGGAUGAUCUGUUUUUCAAGUAAACAUUACUCAGCCUUUGCCUAUCACACCAAAUCUUCAAAAUGGAUGUUUUUUGAUGAUGCUACUGUAAAGGAGAUUGGAUCUAAGUGGAAGGAUGUUGCCUCUAAAUGUAUCCGAGGACAUUUCCAGCCACUUCUUUUGUUUUACACCAAUCCUGAGGGAACGGCAGUGUCUAAUGAAGAUGCACCGAGACAAACCACCAUGUGUCCCCGGUAUAAAGCCCAAGUAAAUGGUGAUGUAACAGUGAAACAUCCCCUUGGAAGCCCAAAUAAGUUCCAAGAAUCCUUCAUGGAAAGUUUGCAGAAGCCAAGUGAAAUAUCAAAAAAGGACAGAGGGCAUCGAAAAACUGAUCCAUCACAACAUAAAGAGAUGGCUUAUGCAAGAUCUUCAUCUCCCCCAGAGAAUGGAACAAGGCCUCCUGUUGAUCAAAAGUCAAAAAGCUUUCCACGCUCUGAGAAGUCAUCAAACCAUUCAAGCCGAGCGUCCCAGGAGCCUCGUGGACAGUCACAGGGUGGCGGGCACGGCCGAAAAACCAGCACUUCACCGAGUCGCCAUGAUCAGGAUAGCUGCCAAGAGCACUGGGAAAAAGGUGGAAGUGGAGGAAACCGCAAUAAAGUCAAGUCCACUUGGAGACCCAUCCGUGAGGUUUUAAAUGUGGACACGGUGCUGAAUGAACUGGAACAGCGUCGUCAGCAGCAGCAUGACAGCCCACACCGCAGUAAACCUUCAUCCCAGGAAAGGGUGCACGGUGAACAAAGUAGAGAGCGUGAGCGGGAAUACGUACGGAACAGGGAAGAUCGAAAGCAAAAGUGUUUGAUGACUAUUUAUGAGGACGAGCAGCGACUUGAGACUGAGAGCCACAGUUCUGUAGAUUCAGAGAGCAGGGCCAACCAGCAGAAGGGCAGCAGGCUUAAGGGUGGCCCUAAGACGCUGCUGCGUAGUGAUACCUGGACCAUCCAAAGGACAGAAUCUGGCUACGAGAGCAGCGAUAGACUCAGCAGUGGCUCCACCAAUCCAGACUCCCCUGGUGUUGACGGGUUUGUUGUGAAAGACCAGAGAUCAACACCAGAGGCACAGUUGAAAAGUCAGCUGCACCCAAAAGGAGGAGAUGCAAAGUCAAAUAUGUCUUCACCCUCACACAAUGGUAAACAUCAACCCAAACCUCAGGGAAAGAACCAUGACCAAGUUUCUCAUUCCCAUCUAAAGUGCAGUCCAAGUUUGAGACGAAAAUCUAAGUACACGUCUAGCACCUCCAGAAAAGCAGCGUCUUCAGAGAGGGACUCCACUGGUUCAGAUAACAGGCAGAGUGAGCAGCAGGAGCUGUCAAACUGUAGAGGGCACACUGGAGAAAGUACAGUCCUGAGGCACAUUGCCAAAACCAGCAGCUCAGAAUGGAACAGCUCCGAUGAUCUCGCUCUCUCUGAGCCCGAGGACAGAGACGGCACUUACCGCUCCGGCAACAGCGAGCCUGUCACUUCUGAUUCCCAGUGUCCUCAUAGAACCCUCCCGUACCAUCCUCCGAGCAAUGUGACUGCAGAACCUCUUCAACUGAACAAUCAGCGUCAGCUUGGCACAACAGGGUCGCCUCACCUCCGACCCGCCCAGCGCGGUUCUCCUCACCAGGGUGAAACGAGUCACACCACGUUUCGUCCGAGGAUGCUUCAAGAACCCUUCCCAUCAAGCCCGCGUCUUUCGGCGUCAUCUUACGUUAGUCCUCAUAGGAAGCCUGACAUUUCAGGCCUCAGAACAUUCUCAGAUGCAAGCUCCAAAUCAGGCUCGGAUCCGGAGAGGAGUACCCCAUCGUCAUGUGAGAGUGAAGAGAGACUAACUGGAUGCAGAGUGGAACAGGCGGUGCCGGCUCAAGAGGUUUCUCUGACCACGUACUUCAAUGUGGACAACUGUAUGACAGAAACAUAUCGUCUGAAGUACCACAACCAAAGGCCUCUUGUCCUCUCUGCCACAGUGCCACGGACAGUUGUUGCGAAUGAGCGAAGAGAUACCACUCAUGCACUCCCUACAGACACACACUUACAAGAGGUGCCAAAAGCCAGACCUGAUACAAGCCAUAAUAGCAAUAAACCCACAGCAAAAUGGAACCCAGUGUCAGCCAAAGGACUGGAUGAACGUGGUUUUUUAUGAGUGUUAACUGAUAAGCUUUGUUUACAUAGAUGGACAGAGGUCAGUAGAGUAAUAACUGGAUGCCAAAGAGUUUACAGAAUGAUAACGUUUUGAAGCCUGACAGCUCCAAAUUCAGUGGAAUAUAUUUAUGCAACCUUGUCACACAAGUAUUGUCACAUAACCUCCAGUGUUUUGAAGUAUUGUUCGAUAGGUCGUCGAGUACAGCCUAUACUGUCUUCCAUUGUCCAACAGUACUGCAGCGGGAGUUUGAUUUAACCAAAAUAGGCACUGUUUUCAUUUUGCACAGUGUUUUUUGAAUCUGCAUUAUUCACUUUUAAUCACCCUGUGGUUUCAUUUGUGCAAUAUUUCUGCAUAUUUCAUAGAAAACCAGACCAGAAUAUUCAAUGUGGCAUAAAUGAUGAAGCUGAGCCAAGUGAAUAUAUAGUGCAGAGUUCAGACAAUGGAAUGAGUUCUGGUGAAUUUCAGUUUGUUGGUAGGGGCUUAUUCAUUUAUUUAUUUAUCUCUGCUAAUGGAGGGUUAAUAUAUAUAAGAUUGGACAUUUUUCAUUCACCUUUAGGCAGCUUCCUAACUUUAUCCACAUCGAGGGCUUGAGGUCAGCAGAAAACAGAUAUUGCAGUAGUAUAUUCUGUUCAUUUGUGUCAACCAUUAUCAUUUAUCAGUACUUUCACAACAUUUUCCUGUUAAUGAAUGACUGAGGGCCGUCCCGUUCUGUUCAGCGUCAUUGGCUGCACUGAUCUUGUCACAAAGGUUAUUGUUACUUCAUUAUAACAGAUGUUAAUUUUCCUUUAAUCAUUGAUGCAUAUUUAAUGGAAAUGCUUAUUGGAGACUCAAUUUCUCAAAAGGCAACUGAAAUGAUUUUGCAUAGAGUGGACAAAUCAUACUGUCUGUUGACGUUCUGCAGCCGGAACAGCUCUCAGUUCAUUCAGGACAUUACUAUGUACAAUCUGAAAACCUUGUGUAUUCUCCCUCAAGUUGUACCGACUCCUUUUUAUAGCUCCAAGUGAUGUCAAAUUGCAUUUUCUGUCUUCCUCUUAAUGUAGGCAGAUUUCAGCAGGUCUGUUUUUGCAGGUAUUCCCAUAAAUAUGCCAAUAUAUUUAAUAUGCCUAUUGUUGACCAUACAACACAACACAAGUAUUGUUUAUUAGAAUAAUGGUCUGAAACCUGCAUGUGGCCUUUAAAAAGUCCUACUAGCAUGAGCAUGAACAUAUUGGACUGUGAGUCAAACAAACAUAUUUUAUUGGGUUUUAUUUGAUUAUAGUCGAAUUCUAUCAUUAUAUUUGUAACAACAGUUAUUUGACAUUUUUCUUAUGCAUUAAUUGUAAAAAGUAUAAUGCAAACAUAUGUUAAAAACUGACUGACCAUCCAAAACAUACUAUGCAUUGAUUCAAUCUUACUUUAUGCUUUCUUUAAAGGCAAGUUUUAUCACGUUGAAACCUUAUAUCUAGCAUUUCGAAGACGACAUAUAAUUGUGAAGUACAUUUUUAAAGGCCUAGCAGAAAUUUACUUUUGUGGCCACUAUUAUGAAAAGCAUUGCCAAGUGCUUUCUAAAACAUGUAGCCAUUUUCAAUGCAUUAUUUCAUGCGUUUUCAUUUGUAUAUUCAUUCUGUCCUUAAUAAGCUUUGUCUACCUUGUCUUUCUCAAUAUUCUGCCUAUGUUGAGUCACUAAAUUUGCCGUCUUUGUGUCUGUUGUGUUUUUAUUCUUGCACCGAAGGAAGGAUUUGGUAUUUUAUUGUGUAAACCCUUACCUGCAAAAAGUUUAAUUUAAAGGGGAAAAUGGCAGAAACCAUGGUGGCAGUAGUCAUUGAUCUGACACACUGAACAACACAAUGUCACACAACUUAAGGAUGCCUUUAAAAAGUUGAUUGUGCUGUAGUAUUUGUAAAUAAUAAUUGUGUUUUUAUUGUUAAUUCCAAUUUUGUAUAUUGACAGAAUAAGUAAGUCUAAUUGAAUUAUAGAAAUCUCAGUCAGAUUAACCAGAUUAUGUUAAUGUUGCCUCACCUACAAAGAGUUUAUGUGGUUUCUUAUGUGGCUACUUAUUUAAUUUGUUUACUGUGUUUUUCCUGUUAUUUAUUUCUGUUGUCUGUACUACUUCUUUUCUACUGAUCUGACACAUGGUGCGGUAUAUUUCUGAACUUCAGUAGUAUCAAGAGUGCCUUGGUGUUUUUUGGAGAGACGUAUUUGUGAGUGAAACUGCAAGGGUUGAGAUUAAAAGAGGUGAAUGUGGAAAGAUGGAGCAGAUGUAUGCAAAACAUAUGAAUAUGCAAUGCUAACAGUGACAUAUCUGGUGACACUCCUCUGUGGGCACCGUCAGUUGUGUAUGUGCUUGUGUGUUAUAGCCUGUGGGAGAGAUUUUACAGUCCAGUAUGUUCCUGAAGGCUCUUUCAGAAUGGGAAACAACCAUCAAAGUGGAUGCUCAUCCAAUAGGAACAAAGCAGCAAGAAGAGACACAUCCAAGUGUUUUCAAUCUUCAAAUUUCACUUGAAUAAAAUGUAAAAUGCACAUUAAUAUUACACUUUUAUUCUUACAGUGUUCUGAAUUUGAGAGGUUUUAUAUAAAGAGCAUAUUCUAUUUGGAUGUCCUGAAUUAGGCCUUUUUCCCAAACAAGCAUUUUCUAACAAAGAUGUGGGAUAUUCAUGUUUUAUUCUCCUUUCAUGAUGAUGCUUUGUUCGUGUAUACAGUACACUGAGAACAUAUGCAUUGGAUGCACUGGAAGGUUUUAUCACAGGUUACAACAUGUAGCCUCCUGUUUUACAGUAAACAGAGGGUAGAGACAAAGACCCUUUGCUGGUGCAGAUGCAUGCUUUGAAAAAAAAAAAA